UGAGACAACUGGCUGCAAAUGUGAAAGGUCAGAGUCAAAUAGAUAUCUAUGUUCAACACAGUGUGCAAGAGCAUGAACUUGUUGAUGAAACACCACUGCUUGCUUACAAGGAUCCUGAUGUGAUAGAGCUAGAUCCUGAGGUGAUUGAGACUGAGAAGGAACCUGAGCUUGAGGUGGUUGUGAAUGAGCCUGAGGUGGUUGUGAAUGAGGCUGAAAUUGUGAAUGAUAGAGAGCCUGAUGUGUUUGUGAGCCAGAAGUUGUGAAUGAUAAAGAGGCUAAAGUUGGGAGAAACAAAAAGAAAGGGAAGGAGAAUGCAAAUAGAAUUCAGGGUGAAGCAACAGAUUCUGAUGAUGAGUAUGAUCCAAAUGAUGAUAGCUCUCAGGCAUCAAGUGGAACUUCACUAGAUGAUAGUGAUUAUGAAGAGGACUGGGACUGGCUACAAGUGUUGCCUCCACAGUCAUUGGAGGAUUUACCAACUGUUCCUCAAGAUCCAACCUUUGAGAAUGGUGUAAAUGGGCCUGAACCUGUGCAAGAGUCAAGGAAUGCAGAUCCUACAACAUUUCAAGACUUUGAGGAUGAGGAUGGAGACUCAGAUGAUUUACAAAGUCCAGAUGAAAGUGAAGAUGAUUUGGGCCAGAGGAAGAUAUACCCUUGGUUUAGGCCUACUCAGGAUGGUGAAGCUGUGAAUUUUGAAAUUGGUUAAACUUUCUUAAACAAAGACAUGUUUAAAGAUGCUGUGAAAGACUUUGCACUUCAGACCAAGAAGAAUCUGAAGUUUGAAAAAAAUGACAAGAAAAGAGUGGUGGUUGGAUGUGUACCCGAGUGUCCAUCCUACCUAAGAAUCAGCAAGACUCCUACAAGGCCUUUGUGGCAGCUGGUGAGCUUCAGGCCUGAGCAUAACUGUUGUAGGACAGGAACCAAUAGACAAGCUAAGACCCUCUUGUUAGCAACUAAAUUCAUGCAAAUUCUUAGACACACUCCUGACAUGAAGGUCACUAGUUUGAUUGCUGAGGCAAGGACUAGGUGGGGGAUUGCCAUUGGAAGGUUCAAAGCAUACAGGGCAAAGGUGAAAAGUCUGGAAAUGAUUCAUGGAGCAAGUAUCCAGCAGUAUAGUCAUCUUAGGAACUAUACUGCUGAGAUUAUGAGGAGUAACCCUGGUUCAACAUGCAUCAUCAAAAGCACAGUGGGUAUUCAUGGUCCUGUCUUCAAGAGGAUUUACAUGUGCUUCAAGGCAACUAAGGCAGCCUUUGCUACUACUUGCAGGCCCUUAAUUGGGUUGGAUGGCUGUUUUCUAAAGGGUAUGUAUGGUGGUCAAUUACUAGCUGCAGUAGGUAAAGAUGGAAACAACCAGAUGUUUUCAAUUGCUUAUGCAGUGGUUGAAGCUGAGACAAAGGACUCAUGGCAAUGGUUCCUCAAUCUUUUAUUGGCUGAUUUGAAUGGAGAGAAAAAGCAAAAAUGGGCUUUCAUUUCUGAUAGACAGAAGGGCUUGGUGCCUACAAUUGCUGCAAUUGAGCCAGACAUUGAACACAGAUUUUGUGUUAAGCAUCUGUAUGGUAACUUCAGGAAGAGAUUCCCAGAACAAGAAUUGAAAAGUGCUUUGUGGAGUGCAGCUAGGGCAAGCACAGUCCCAGAAUGGAGAGCUGCAAUGGAUGUGAUGAAGGGUUUGAAUGAAGCUGCAUGGACAGAGAUGAUGGAGAUUCCACCUGAACAAUGGACAAGGUCUCACUAUAGCACAUACACACAUUGUGACUUGCAGGUCAACAAUAUGUGUGAGGCUUUCAAUAGAGCCAUCUUGUAAUAUAGGGACAAGCCCAUCAUAACAUUGUUGGAGGGUUUGAAAUUUUACCUCACCAGCCGCAUUGUAAGACAGAGGGAUUUGAUGAUGAGGUGGAGGAAUAGCCAGUUGUGCCCUAUGAUUCAACGGAAGCUGGAUGUGGUGAAGAGCUUUGCAGACAGGUGGCAUGCUAGUUGGGAUAGAGAUAGUGGAUAUUCUGAGUUUGAAGCAGUUAGGGACAAUGACAAGUAUGUUGUGAACCUGCAACAGAGGUCAUGUGCUUGUAGAAGGUGGGAUCUCUCUAGAGUUCCUUGUGUGCAUGUUGUUGCUUGCAUGUGGUUCAACCACCAUGCCCCUGAGAACUAUGUCCAUCUUGCUUACAAGAGCAUACCUUUCUGAACACUUAUGCUCACCUUAUCCGACCUAACAAUGGACCAAAGCUGUGGCCAGAGGUUGAGGCUCUUCCUCUCAAUCCUCCAUAUGUGAGAAGGCAGCCAGGCAGGCCUAAAAAACAGAGGAACAGAGCCAAUGAUGAGCCAACCAACCCUAAUAGGAUGAGGAGGCACCACACUACUGUCAGGUGUAGAAGGUGUGGGAAUUAUGGACACAAUAGGAGGACUUGCAGGGGAAAGGAGCUAGCAGACAGAACCAUUCCAAGUGGAGGGAAUCAGCAAAACACUGAAGUGUUACAACCUGAACAGAGGCACACCACUUUUGAAGUAGGAUCCUCAUCAUCUUAGACACCUCCACCUCCACCACCUGCUGCAGGCACAUCUCAGCCGCCACCACCACCUGCUGCAGGCACAUCUCAGCCACCACCACCACCACCUGCUGCAGGCUCAUCUCAGCCACCACCACCUCCAUCUCCUGAUGCAUCUUCAACACAACCAGCACCAAGAAGAAGAGGCAGGAAAAGGAACAUCAGCCAAAUUAGUGCAACUCAGUAGUUUAAAAUGUAGUAGUACCUAAGACUUGUAAUUUCAUGCCAUCUGUGGCUUUAUUUUGGAACUCAAUAGUGCAACUAAGUAGUUUAAAUUGUGCCAUAUGUGGCUUUAUUUUGGAACCUCAAUCAGUUUGCGCCAUAUGUGGCUUUAUUUUGGAACCUGAAUCACUCUGUGCCUUAUGUGGCUUUAUGUUAAAACCUU